AUGGAAGCUGUUGUUCGCCGCUGCCCAUUCCUGUCAAGGGUAUCCCAGGCUUUCCUGCAAAAGGCUGGCAAAUCCCUUCUUUUCUAUGCCCAAAACUGCCCUAAAAUGAUGGAAGUUGCGACUAAGCCUGCUUCACGUGCCCUGAGUACUUCAUCUGCUCACUGUCAGCAAACUGAAGAAACCACUUCUACUAGUGAGAGUAAGGCUCAACUUUGCGAUUUUGCUAUUUAAUACUGCAUAACUUGAAACUUUCUUGAAAUGUUGUCCUUACUAAAUUGAAAUACAGCAGUGAGCAUACUUCUGAAAUCCAAUGGAGUUGCAAUACCAUUGGCCUGAUCUUAUUCAUCCACAAGAGUUUUUGCAAAAUACUGAUAGUUAAACCUCCUAGAAUUGCCUGCUUGUUUGUUCAGCAAUUUAAUUUAUUCUACAGUACUCUGAAACUUAGGGUGAGAUCUAGUAAUGGCAGCCUGUGAGUGCAACAGCCAUACAAUUGGGGAAGGUGGGGGGACAUUCUUAAUUUAGUGCAAUGGCCAAAUCCAGUGAGUGGGCAGCUUAGGGCAAUAGAAAUGUCAAACAGAAUUAACCUGUGAUAUCCUGUUUUAUACUGUUAUACUACUUUUGCAUGAGUAGCAAAUAGCUUGCACAACAGUGCCAACUCUCCUUGAUAUGGGAUCUUGCCCAUAGUGAUUAUAAUAGAAGUGAUGCAUUACAUUUUAAAAUUAACUUUUUAUUGGCAGUAUGUUUGUAAAUGGUUUAUUAUUUCAAGGCAAUAUGAUGUUAGCCAAGUUCACUUUUGAGAAAGUGGUAGGCUGACUGAACUUUGAACGUCCUUUUCCCAGUUACAGAGGCCAAAGUAUAUUGUAACUCGCUCUCUGUACAAUCUAAGAACAAGGGUGAAGAACAGUAUAAAAAUUAUUGCAUAUGGUGGAUGACACUGAUGAAGCUUUUGCAGGGCAACCUUCCAGGGCCCACAUGCCAGCAGUAGGGGGGGGGGGCAGAGACAGAACUGGGCAAAGCAACAAAUGGAAAUGUUACCUUUGAAGAGUACCCUAGUUUAUAUACACACACACACACACACACACACACACACACACACACUGUCUAGGCAAGCAAAAGGCAUUAUCAAAGUUCACAUUCCAGCCAUGCAGUAGUGUAUGAAGUGGGACCGGUGAGGAGAAUGGCUAGUGUGGCUGGUCACGGGGUGUGGUUUGCAAAGAGAUUCAGGGGCCAGAUAGGCUUGCGAGGCUGCAUUUGCCCCUGAGCCUCAGGUUCCUCAUUCCUGAUUUAGGGGCAUCUUAAAUGGCAAAUGACCUGGCACCACAGUUUUGCCUUUUUUGAACUUUGCUUUCGUUGCUUAAAAUAUCUUUAAUCACAGGCUUUCUACAUGCUGUUGAAAUAUGUUUUCAUCACUGCAUCAGGAAGUACUAACUAAAGGCAAGAGCCUGGCAGGAGAAACUUCAGGAAGCAAGAACUUAGGAAAUACUAACUAUACAAAUCUAUGUUUUUCAUUAGAAGAAAAUCCCACUUAAUUAAAUGAGGUGUACAACCCUUCAAAGUGUGCAUAGGACUGCAGUCUAAGGCUUUUAUCCUAUUUACUGUAACUUAGAAGUAAAUCCCAUGGAUUCAGUUGGAUUUCCUUUUAAGUAAAUGUACAUAAGAGUGCGCUGCUGGUUCUCUUGAACACUUGUCAGUUAAAACUAUAUGUUACACACUGUUAUUGUGAGGCAUAGCCCUGAUUUUUAAAAUGAUUCUACAAAAGCAGACUUCUCAUUAAUGAAAGAAAACUGUUGUGUGUUCAAAUAUACUGUAUGUCAAAACUAAUAAUGGGACUGAUGUAACGAUUCAUCCAUUUCUUCUUUGCACAAUACUGGUCCGUUUUUUAGUGUUCCCCUCUGAGUAUAGUGUUCCCUUUCAGUUUUAGUGUUCCCCUUUAGUUUUCUGAGUAUAGUUUGAUAUGUUGCUGGGCAGGGGGGAGAGUGUAGUGUUUCCGCUCUCUGAGUAUUUUUUUAGUUUGGUUCGUUAAACAGCGCUUCUGAAUGAAAAUGUUUUCAAUCCUUACAGUAUCUGGAUAAUAUUUAAGGUAUUACACAUAAAAUAUAUUUUAAGACACAUACAACUAGCACCCCUAUCAAAAUGAGUACCUCAGAUACCUUUGUUGCAUACUAAACACUUUAUUCUUUUAUUCAAGAGGCCAAAAAUUCACCAGAUGUGGCCCAACGAAACAUAAGCAGAUCCCAACUUCCACUGAGCCACCCACCUGCCGCUAGCCAGAGUGCUAGCCAAGCCACUGUGACUAAAUGCCCAUUCUUGGCAGCUCAGAUGAACGAAGGGAACAGCAGUGUUUUCCGCAAAGCUAGCCUGGAACUCCAGGAGGAUGUGGAAGAAAUGCAAGCAGUAAGAAAAGGUAUCACCUCUUUGGAGGUUUAAUAAAAUUUGGUUCUAAUCGUGCUAGGUAGAUUUUAAAGAGAGGAGACAAAACUGAACAAAGUUUAGUCCAAGUUUCUCAAGCUCUUUAAAUUGUGUAGCUCUUGCAGAAUCCACGUGUUGCACAUCCAUUGGCUUGGGUUUUUCUAUCUGCUUUAUUUACAGUUAGUUGUUGGUGUAAUAAUAAUGAUCAUAGUUCUGAAACCUGUCUGAGCCAAAGAUCUCUCUUUCUAAUGGUGGUGUUUCCUGUAAGUACAGUUAUGAAAUAGAGGAAAACACUUUGGGACAGUUAAUUCACAUGCUGCUUUAAAUGCACUGUAAAAUAACAGACUUUCACUUGCCUCUGCUCUGAAAGCAUGGCUACUUUUAGGGAAACACUAAUUGAUUCUCAGUGACUUGGACUUUGAAUAGGCCACAAUACAAGGAAGAAAGCAAGUGGACACCAGUGUAGUGCUAAGCAGUUGUUCAUGUAUAACUAUAAACUUUUGUUGUCUAGUUAACUAGAGUAGAUUCAUGCAGCUGUGUUUUAUUGGUUGGAUUUUUUGGGGGAAAUGUGGGAUAGUCCUGAGUUUGAAAAUAACUAACACACAUAAAACUGGGAAGAUACCUAUCAUGAAAUGAAUGGUAGAGGGCUGAGAAACAGUUAUCCCCUAUGUGAAUCCCCAGCACUUCCAGGACUUAUUCUGAAGAAAAAAAGUACUUGUAAUCAUUAAAUAUACUACUUCAUUCAGUUACAGUAACAUUUUUUAAAAACAACUGCAUUGUUUACACAUGAAAUUUAAUUUGAGCUGUCCAAUCACUACUUUAAUUUUCUUAUGCCACCUUGCUAUGUAGAAUUUGCCAAAACACCAGAAAGUACUGUUGCGGUAAACACUAAGAUGGAUGGGGGAAAUCCAAAUGAUGGCUUGUUGAAGAAAUUCCAAGAUAUGAUGUUGAAACAGAGACCAGAAAGGGUGUCUCAUCUGCUUCAGGAGAACUUACCGAAAUGUGAGGCACAGUCUUGUUUAACUUGAUGGAAAUCAAAAGCUUGUAUAAACUUUGUUGGUUGUUCUAGCUGCUUACAUGUGCUAAUGCCUUCCUCUUCUAGCUGUUUCUACUUUCCAGUAUGAUCAGUUCUUUGAGAAAAAAAUUGAUGAGAAAAGAAAAGAUCAUACAUACCGUGUGUUCAAAACUGUGAACCGAAGAGCCCAGGUUUUUCCCAUGGCAGAUGACUAUUCAGAAUCCCAUAGCAGCAAGAAAGAGGUGUCUGUCUGGUGCAGCAAUGAUUAUCUUGGGAUGAGUCGUCAUCCUAGAGUUUGUGGAGCUGUUAUGUAAGUGGUUUUUAAUUGACAGUAAAAUGUUGGCUAAUUACAUUGUGUCUUUUAGAAGCCUACCCAACACCAUUGUUGGUACAAGCAAAUUAUUAAGUUAUAGGUCCUCUUUACUUACUAGGGGACCUUUUGUCACUGUCUUUUCUUUGCAAUGAUCCACCCACUUGUAUCAUAUUUCCACAUGACACCAAACUGGUUUUAAAAGAUUAAAUGCAGUUCCACUGUAUUUCUUAAUACAGAAUGCUUCUCCUCUAAUUACCACAAGUAGUUUGCUUAUAAUGAAGAAUGUUUUUUUAAAAAAAAUCUCAAGCUGUUAACCUAUGAGAUUCCCCCCAAAAUUAUCCUAGUUUGUGCUUGGAUUUAUCACUCAGGCCAACUAUUUAAAACUCCCCUACAUGAAUGAGAAUGCAACUUAUUUGCAAAUGUGAGAUUGCUUCAAGUUGUGUUUAAUGACCCUGUUGGAACCUUCCUCACAGGGAAACACUGAAACAGCAUGGUGCGGGAGCAGGAGGCACCAGGAAUAUAUCAGGAACCAGUAAAUUCCAUGUUGAUCUUGAGAAAGAAUUGGCUGAUCUCCAUGGAAAAGAUGCUGCUCUGUUGUUCUCUUCUUGCUUUGUAGCAAAUGAUUCAACACUCUUCACACUAGCCAAAAUGUUGCCAGGUAAAUCUAACAUGAAUAUACUGUUCUACUGUACCUUGAAGGAAUUGCUAAAAAAUAUAUAUUCCAUGGUACAUUCAUUUCAAAUACUGUAAAACACCAAAUUGCACCAACAUUGCCCCAGAUUAAUUCAAUACAAACAUUUAAACUAGCUUGGAAUUGAACGUGGCUAGCAGUUUUAUCAAUCCAGCCAGGUUAAGUGCAUGUUAAUGGUUUUUGCCACCUCAUGGAAAUUGUAUCAAAAGCUUUGAACUGAAAAACAAACAAACUAGAUGUGUGAAGACAAAAUGCAAGUAUAGUACGAGCGCAUAGCGUGCAGGGUUUUGUUCCAAGGAUUCCUUGUAUACAUGAAAAUUGCUUAUACCCAAACCCUUGGAGCUGCCCCAGCAGCUAGCAGGUGAGGAGGAGAGAGAAUCCCCCAUACUCCCAUAGCCUGUGCACUGGGCAGGCUUUGCCUCCCAAGUAAAAGCAGAAAACAUAGAAGUUCUUUUUAUGCCAGGUAGUCCCAAGUGGCCCAGUGCAAAAAGAGCUUGCUGGGCACAUCCCGCUUGGCACACUGGCUCUGGGAGGCUAGGGAUGCUCAUAUGAGAUCUUGCAGGAACUUGGAUGGGCCCCACAAGAUCGUGUGCAGAAAUCCCAAAGCUGGUGCGCUAAGCACGCAUUUCCCCCCAUGGGCAAGAUAGGGAGCUUAAAAGCUCUUUACGCACUGGGUAACCCCAAGCAGACCCAGCAAAAACAUAACUUUUAACCUCUCCACCAGGCUUGGAUUUAACUUGCCAACUUGUUGAAACUUGCUCAAGUUAAAUGUACGGUAGCUGAAUUUGAAGGCACCACUUGGUUUUUUGUUUCUUUACAUAUUUUCCCUAUGUUCUGGGUCUCUAAUGACACUUCCUAUAUAAUGUGUGGCCACAGCAGUACCGAGGCAACACUGGAUCAUUCCUGCCCUGCUCACUCACUAGAUUUCCUGCUUAAAAGACUACCUUGUUCAGUGAUGUUGCUUCCCUUCCAGAAUCAUAGAAUGGGGUUCUCCUAACAAUUCUGGAUUUGAGCAAUAGUUGCCAGGAAAAUUCCGAGAACAGAAUUUGAAAAUUGAGGUGACUUGCAAAAGGCAGGACCAGCUGGGUAAUAUCUGGGUUCAAGGUUUGAACCCGCUGCCUCCUUUCCCCCAGAUACAGUAGCUUGUUUGACAGGUUCCCACAAGAAUCUUAUUGCUCUAGGUUUCUUUACAUUCAGGUUGGGAUAAUCUGAUCUUUCUCUAGCUGGAUUAGUGAGUUGUCCUAAUCCUAUCCAGUUACAGAUGAUCAAGCUGCCAUGUGGUAUUUGACUGGCCUCUUCCUCUUUCCCUCCUCAGGUUGUGAAAUUUACUCGGAUGCAGGAAACCACGCUUCUAUGAUUCAGGGGAUUCGAAACAGCAGAGUGCCAAAGCACAUUUUUCGCCAUAACGAUGUUGGCCAUCUCCGAGAACUGUUGAAAAAAUCAGAUCCAUCGACUCCCAAAAUUGUUGCAUUUGAAACUGUUCACUCAAUGGAUGGUAUGCUUGCUAUAUCAUGCUCCAGGUCCUGAAAACUGGGAAGACAUGGAUUCUGAAAUGCAAGAACUUGAUAUAUUACUAUUACCUUGUUUUAGGUGCAGUCUGCCCGUUGGAAGAGCUUUGUGAUGUGGCUCAUGAACAUGGGGCAAUCACCUUUGUAGAUGAAGUACAUGCCGUUGGGCUGUAUGGAACUCAUGGUGGAGGCAUUGGAGACAGAGAUGGGGUCAUGAAUAAAAUGGAUAUCAUCUCUGGAACGCUGGGUAUGUGCACACUGGUGCUGUUCAUUCUAAUUUUGAGUAAGAGUGACUAAGAAUGAGUCAUAAAACAGAAUGAUCAUACCCUUGUAAUUCCAUUUGCAAGGAUAAUUUGUAUUUGUGGUAGGUCCUCUAUUCCUGCAUUAAAUCAGUGUAUGUGAAAAUGUUAGUUGUUUUACAGAGUCCUCCUAUCCUUACCUUGAACUUAACUCUGUAAAGUAGAACGUUCUUAAUCCUGAAACCUGACAUGGGAGUUGUGUAAGGAGAUUUGGUAGGAACAGAAGUAGUAAAUCUAUGUCGUAGCAACAAGUUUUACCAGUUAAGGCUAUUGCUUAUUGUAAUUUCAAAAGCUGCAAUGAAAACAAUGUACCAGUGGAAGCACUUUACCUCCAUAAAUUUUAAGGAACUAUGAAUUGGCAGUUGGUAUUACAUAACAACUGCAAAGUUGUACCCACCCCAGACUGCUUGCUCUUAUUAUGCAAGUGAAAUAUAUGCUUUCUCUGUAGAUAAUAAGACACUGUGAAAAUGCUGUUAACACAAAGUAGCAAAACUAGUAGAGAGGACUGAAUAUUGUACUAAUCUUUCCUAAUUUUUUGGUCCUAGAAGCCCUCUUGGUGGGCCAGUUAGAAAACUGCUCCUGCCACUGAAACCUGUUUGACAGUUGUUUUUAAGUGUCACCAUGUGAUGUCAAAAUGUACUGAUUCCCCAAAGAAGGCUUCAUGUCUGCCUUUUCAGAUGUGGUCAGGGGUUUUCUUUAUGCAGUUUCCCUGUAUACAUGUGUUUGUGUGCGCACACCUUUAAGCAGCUUAUUUAAAACUGGGUUGGUAGUUCUGCAUUGAACAUACCACCUUACUCUGUUGCAUGAAGACUUAAAACAGCUCUCUUCUGUAGAAGAGGGAUCAAAAUACUGCAUUGCUUGUUAAACAUCUGCUUUUUACCAAAAUUAGUGGUUUGGUAUCAAAAGAACUGUACGCCAAGGAUAAAAUAACCUUUUGCUUGUUUUUCCUGCAGGCAAAGCUUUUGGCUGUGUAGGGGGUUACGUGGCCAGUACAAGUUCUCUGAUAGACACUGUCCGUUCCUAUGCUGCUGGCUUUAUUUUUACAACGUCCCUGCCCCCCAUGCUCUUAGCUGGCGCUCUCGAGUCUGUGAGAAUCCUCAAAAGUGCAGAGGGGCAAGUCCUUCGCCGCCAACAUCAACGCAAUGUUAAACUCAUGAGACAGAUGCUGAUGGAUACUGGCUUCCCUGUAGUGCACUGUCCCAGUCACAUCAUUCCUAUCAGGGUAAAUAUUUAAGGAUUUAAUCCAGUACAUAAAAACUCCAUUGUUCUUUUAUGCCCCACAGAAAUUUCAUAAUUAAGUCUGUAUGCAUUUACAUUCUUUCUUGUUGAACUCUGUAGAAUAUGGCAUCUUCCCCAAUUCCCCAAGAGGCAUCUUAAUGGUUAUGACUUCAGCAAUUCCCCCCCACACACUGUUUCAGUUUAAAUUUAUGCAUAAAACAGAUUGAGGGAGUAGGAGAUUGAUGGCAACCUGCAUUUCUUUGCUUUCUGGCCCAGGACCCACAGAAUACAGCAAUCUGACAUUGAUUAGGGAAGAGAUUGUUAUGAAGCCCACAUGGUCUGUUGAAGGAACCCGGGAUGGGGAUACCCUGAGGUCUCCACCACAAGAGAAGUGUACAGGAGUAUAUCACUGGCCUUGGACCACACACAUGUGCUUCGUUCUCCCUGCCUUUUCCGCUUCCACCCCACCCCAAAGCACUUGCCUCCUAGUUUUAGCUUGUAUCUUACUGGUUAAUAGUUCAUGCAUCUGGCAGUGUCUAAGUACAGGUCUUUGUAACUAUAACUUUUGGAGUCUGGUCAUGGGAACACCUACUUGGUCCUUGGUGGUGCAAAUAAUGUAUUUUAACAGUCUUGGAAACAUGUCUAGAAAUAAUCUUUCUGCCUCAGGUUUCAGAUGCUGCUAAAAAUACUGAGAUCUGUGACAAAAUGAUGAGCCAGCAUAGCAUCUACGUCCAAGCGAUAAACUACCCCACUGUGCCACGUGGGGAAGAGCUGCUACGUAUUGCCCCUACCCCACAUCAUACACCACAAAUGAUGAACUAUUUUAUUGGUGAGUGAACAAAGACAUAAAAGCACAGCAACAUUUCAUAACACUUUUCUAACAUUUACAAUGAAAACCUGAUAAAUCUGUAGUGCUAAAGAACUAUUUGGGCACUUACUACUUGCACAAUUCCAAUCAUGCGUGGCAGAGAGUAGGGCUGUCGUAUCCACAACACCCCUUAUUCUCAUUAAGGUUGAAGGCUGAAGCUAGGAGCCCACUCUACACUCAGACUCCCCCAUGUGACUUUGAACCCUGCAUGGGGAGGCUUUUAUGUGGAGCAUGGCCCUGCAGUACCCCCACAUGUAACUGGAAUCCCCUAAGUAAUUAAUGCUCAAAUAGGGUUGCCCCUACAGAAAAAAUGUGCUUUGUCCCUAAGGUUGAACUGUCAUAAACACGAGAAGCAGGAUGGGUGACUGCAAGUACCACUUCCUAAAAUGUACAUAAACUUAGACAGUGCAAUAUAUAAAACCGAAUUUGAGACCCGUAAGGUUUCUUUGUGAUCGAGUUAGAUUGCUCUCCAAAAGUUUCUGUAUCAAGGAAGCACUGUGCUGGCUUAGUUCCACUUGUUUGUACAGCUGGAUAUUUCUUUAAUAAUUAUGUCAAAUGAUAAGGCUAAACAUGGUACAUCAUCAGAUCCUCACCCUAGCUGAGUCCUUGCCUAUUAAAUUGCAUGAGUCUCCAACAGGCAAACUGCAGCUGUGCUAUGUGCAGCUUUCUUGCUUCUUUAAAGAAAGCCAUGAGUACAUGUAGACUCCAUAGCACUGUGCCAGUAACACAGUACUGGGUUAAAGGUAAAAGGACCCCUGACCAUUAGGUCCAGUCGUAGCCGAAUCUGGGGUUGUGGUGCUCAUCUCGCUUUAUUGGCCGAGGCAGCCGGCGUACAGCUUCCGGGUCAUGUGGCCAGCAUGACUAAGCCGCUUCUGGCGAACCAGAGCAGUGCACGGAAAUGCUGUUUACCUUUCCGCUGGAGCAGUACCUAUUUAUCUACUUGCACUUUGACAUGCUUUCGAACUGCUAGGUUGGCAGGAGCAGGGACCGAGCAAUAGGAGCUCACCCCAUCGUGGGGAUUCGAACCGCCGACCUUCUGAUCGGCAAGUCCUAGGCUCUGUGGUUUAACCCACAGCGCCACCCGCGUCUCUCAAGUACUGGGUUAGUGCCAGUAAAUCUGCUAUCUCUGUCCUAACACACACAAGCUUACUAAACAGUUGUUGGCAUCCAUCUGUCUCAAGAGACAAUGGAGUUCAUCUCUGGGAGUGAAGUCAAACUGAAAUGACCUCUUCGUGGCGCAAGCCUGGGCAGUGUGUAUGGAGGUCCUGGACUGCCCAGAUGACAAAACCCCCUCUCGGCCUCACUGAUGUGAUCCAAAGGAAAGUUGAGCAAUACGUUUGGCACCAGCUUGGCUGCAGGAGUUGCUGGAAGGAGGCAUACAAGGCUCCAUCCAACCAUUUUAGAGGCUCCACUUCAGAUUUGUGUAGGGUUUUGGAGGCUUCCUCCAAAAGGGAAUAUUGUCUAGCAGAAUUGAGAUUGUUUCUCCUAGUAAACCUGUAACAGGCAAAGGGCCAUGAAACCUUUGAACAUAACGGGGUCAUUAGUGUUUUAAAAUUCAAGGCUACUGUGUUAAAGAAAGCUAAUAAGGAUGAACCUUGUAUUAGUUGUUCUGUGUCUUCAUGCUAUGGAUUAGCAAGAGUGUUUGCUUUGUCUCUGCAAUUACCAGAGUUUCCUUCUUCUCUUGCAGAGAAUCUGUUAGCUACUUGGAAGGAAGUUGGCCUGGAGCUGAAGCCACACUCCUCUGCUGAAUGCAACUUCUGCAGGCGACCCCUUCACUUUGAAGUAAUGAGUGAAAGGGAAAGAUCCUACUUCAGUGGAAUGAGCAAACUUGUGUCAGCGACUGCAUAA